UAUCUUUCUCUGAAGCUGCCCCACCCUCAUUUCUCGAAUACUCACUUUACCUCUUCCUGACUUUAUCUAUUAUCAGCCACAUCCCUUAUUCUUUCAAGAUUUAUACCUGUCUAUUCUCCUCGUACCUCUCUCCUUAUCUCAGAAACCUACCUAUUUUCGCUAGGCAUAGAAGUAAUAAUUCAGAGUAAAUGACCAGAUAACCUUUUAGAAAUACAGUUCCCAUGCACUUUGCAUUAAGAAAAUCGAUAUCGCUAUAUAUCAAACACCGCUUCAUGCAUGUACCUGAUGUUAAGGAUAUUCACAUGGAACAUUUACAUAUGACUACUUAAAAUAUAUCCUUGUGUAAUAGAAGAAUACAUAUUUUUUUCCUUUAUCUGCAGGUAUACAAAUAUUUUCGCAUUUCAAUAAGACAUAAUGGAAGUAUACGCCACAAGCUAUUUAAUAUUCAUCUUAUUGAUAAACCACGCCGUUCCAAUAUCAGCUAUAAACAAAAUAGAAGCCUUCAAUUGCCCACCGGUUUUGUGUUCUGAAAGCCCUUGGACAGACCGUUGUUCAUGUCAGCAAGACUGCUAUUUAUACGAUGAAUGUUGUUCCGACCGUCUUAAUCACACAGCUUCUGACCUCGAGACUCCCUAUCCCUCAAUGUAUUACAGCUGUAACAAUAUUAAUGGUGGAACUUACUAUCAAUUUCACCGCUGUCCAACUAACUAUGAUGUAACGGAGCAUGUGAACAACUGUGAAAAUCCUAACUCAGACCAACAACUACAUGAUAAAACGAGUAAAAAACUCUAUAGGAACUUAUAUUGUGCUCUGUGUCACAGAGAAGAAUAUAUUUUGUGGAAGAUUUCUUACCAAUGUUUCUAUAAGGAUGAUAUUCCAAAUAUCACUGUUGAUAACAUUUUAUGUAUUUUUAAUAAUAAAAGCUGUGAGAUAUACAAUCAAGUACCUUCAAAUGAAUUUAACCAAUAUUUGUAUAGAUGCACUCCUUAUGUCUCAGUGUGUGCGCUACAUAAUACCAAUAAAACAUUAGACAAUCUAUGUGAGAACAAGCCUAUGAGACUUGUUAACGCAAAUAAUACAAUGUUUAGAAAUAUUUACUGUGCACUUUGCAAUGGUAUUGAAGCAGACGAUAUCAAAUGCGGCACCAAUACACGAAAUAUACGUACUCAUAUCUUAGGAAAAUAUUCCGAAGCUGAAGAUUAUAUCACAUUUGUGGGCCUCGUGAUAUCUAUCCCAGCGCUAGCAAUCACUAUUAUAGUUUAUCUCUGUAUACCUGACCUCCGUACUUUACCAGGUAAAUUACUCAUCAGUCUUUUAUCAGCCAUGCUUAUAGCUGAGCUUCUCCUUUUUAUCUCAUUACAAGUCACUACUUCUACAGUCCUAUGUACAGCUUUGGCUAUAUUGAAACAUUAUUCUUUUGUAGCGACUUUCUUCUGGACGAAUGUUGUGUCCUGCAAUGCCUGGUACACCUUCUCGGGAUUUAUACAACAUCGGAGUUCAGGAAAAGGUACCAAGAGACUUGUAUUGUAUUCCUUGUAUGCUUGGAUCUGUCCACUUGUAAUUGUAACAGUAUCACUGAUAUUAGAGUACACACCUGGAAAUCAUGGACUUUCUCCAGAAUAUGGUAAAUGUACAUGCUGGAUUUCAAACAGAAAAAGCGUGCGGUGGCUAUUUUCAGUCCCAGUAAUAAUCAUCUUAUGUUUAAAUAUCAUUGCAUUUAUCCUCAUUGCUAGAGGAUUAUAUAUGGCUAACAAACUUUCUGCGAAAUAUUUAUCAAAACAUAAUAAACUGGAGUUCAUUGCUUGCAUAAAGCUAUUCUUUAUUAUGGGAUUUACAUGGACAUUUCAAUUCCUGCAUGUCAUUACAGAAAUAGAAGAAUUUUCUCUAAUAUUUUAUAUUUUAAAUUCCUUUCUUGGCGUAUUUAUUAGUUUGUCAUUUCUGAUAACAAAAACCGUCUGCCACCAUAUAACUAAAAGACAUCGUCCAAUCUCAAAAUACCUUCAAACCAAAUCGAAUGCGAUAUCUUCAACUUCUCACAGAAUUUUAUCGACACACACAAAUACCAACACAACUUACGUUUGAAUAGGAUAACUGUUGUUCGGUGAACGAAAUUAAUAUUUUUGUUCUGCAUAAGAUCCAAAGACAAUGACUACUGCCUUCAUAAUGGGACAAUAUGCUUACUAUAUGUUCAUUAAUAACAAUAUUUCAUGAUAUAAACCUAUUGUGUGUACAAAAAAAUGAAUCAAGAUAUAUGUAUUUAUGUAUAUGUAUGCACAAAUACAUAUAUCGGU